AUGAAGAGCUCAAUUGACGGGGUUUGGAAAUCCAUUGUCAACUCGGGGAGUGUAUCGCAAAAUCUGGUCGUAAAUGUCAAAGAAAGGAUGAUAGUGAAAGUCGGUUUGGGUAACAAAACACUGUUCUGGCUGGACAAUUGGGUGGGUAACAGGCCUUUACGUGACAUCUUUCCUAGCCUGUUCACACUUGAAUCCGAUAAAAGAUGUACAGUCCAGCAGCGGUACAGAACUUCUCAAGGCUCGACAGAAUGGUUUUGGGGUAGCUCCACACCUCUCACCCGGGAGGAACAUCUCACGGACUGGGCUGCAUGUAAAACCCUGCUAUGCACAGCUGGCCUCGGGCAAGAAUCGGACUACUGGCUGUGGAAAUCGGGCCCAACCUGUGAGGAGUUCACUGUCUGCAACCUGCGGGCAGAAUUGGAUCAUAUAAACGUUAUCCCUGAAGCAAAACUAUUAACCUGGUCACACUGGAUCCCGAAAAAGGUAAACUGUUUCCUAUGGCGGGUUGUACAAGAUCGAAUCCCGACAAGAGAAGCAUUGCUAACGAGGAGAGUAUCGCUGCCAUCCUCCACGUGUGCCCUAUGCAACGAUACGAUUCAAUCGGUAGACCACCUACUCGUCACUUGCGAUUUCGCUCAACACGUAUGGUGCCUGAUCUUCCAGUGGCUAAACAUAACCAUCCCGCGCUACACUCUGAGUGUCGUACAAUUACUGGAACUUAUCAAAGCACACAAAACAAACAAGGCAACAAAAAGGGCGAUCGAAACAGUCAUGGCUGCAGCAUGUUGGAACAUCUGGCGAACAAGAAAUAAUCUUAUCUUCAAUCAUAAAGCUCCCCAGAUUGCUAAGAUAAUAAGUGACAUCAAGGCAAACUCGUUCUCUUGGGUGAAAUCUCGGGCUGGAUAUUCUAACAUGGAUUGGGCGAAAUGGAAGGGCUUCAAGUUAACGAAGUUUAAGAAGCAUUUCGGAACUUUACGGAGCAUCGAGACGGAAAACGGAUCAACCGGACAUGCAAAACAACAAAAUCAGAAUAACAGGUUUUAG